AGUGCUGGAUACCCCAUUAUAACAUACUUCACGAGGAACGAGCUUUCAAACAUGGGAGGAUUCAAUGUUGGAGGAAUUAAUGCAAGCGGCCAAAUACCCGUACUUUCUGGUAACUGGGGUCUCAUUGAUAGUGAGACACCCAAAGAAGCGCACACGAAACCUUCAUGGAAUGGUGGUUCAGAUAUGGAACUGGUAUUCUCUGACGAAUUUAAUACACCUGGUCGAACAUUUUACCCAGGUGAUGACCCAUACUGGGAGGCAGUCAAUCUGCAUUAUUGGCAAACCAACAAUCUGGAAUGGUAUGAUCCAGAAGCCAUCACAACGCAAGAUGGUUACCUUGUUAUCACCUUGUCGCAAAAGGAGACACAUAAUCUAAACUAUCAGGGUGGUAUGAACAAAUUCUGCUUUACUGGCGGGUACAUCGAGGCAAAUGUAUCCCUUCCGGGUGUAAACAACGUUGUUGGCCUGUGGCCCGCUAUAUGGACACUCGGUAACCUAGGUCGAGCAGGAUAUGGUGCAAGUCUUGAAGGGAUGUGGCCUUACACCUAUGAUUCUUGCGAUGUUGGUACGGUCGCCAACCAAAGCAUAAAUGGACAACCCGCUGCCGCUCUGGUAAACGGGGAUCCAAGCAACGGGGGCGUGCUAUCUUAUCUUCCUGGGCAACGUCUAUCGCGCUGUACGUGCAAGGGAGAGUCUCAUCCUGGUCCCGUGCAUUCCGAUGGUACUUAUGUCGGUCGCUCCGCCCCAGAAAUCGACAUGUUCGAGGCGCAGAUCACAGGCACACCCCUCACUGGACAGGUAUCUCAGUCAGCUCAAUGGGCUCCUUUUAAUGCAGGCUACAUUUGGGCGAACACGUCUGAAAAUGAAAUUAUCCCGAAUCCAUCUGUUAGUGUGCAGAAUACAUACAUCGGAGGUGUACAACAACAGGCUACGUCGGUCGUGACCGAUACAAAUCAAGGUUGCUACGAAGGGGAAACAGGGUGUUUCGCUGUUUAUGGCUUUGAGUAUAUCACAUGGAUAGCCAACAACGAAGUGGCUUGGACGCUCAAUGCUGCAGGAUUGGGUGCCGAUUCAACUGUACAAAUAUCUGCCAGGCCUGUUCCUCAAGAACCAAUGUACAUACUAAUGAAUCUUGGCAUGUCGACUAAUUUUGGCACAGUCGAUCUUGCCCACCUCCCAUUUCCUGUCCACAUGCGCGUGGAUUACAUCCGUGUAUACCAGCCUUCGCAUUCAAAAAACAUAGGAUGUGACCCCACAGCAUUCCCUACCGAACAAUAUAUUAACACGUACAUGGAGGCUUAUACCAAUCCAAAUCUCACAACAUGGAGCGUUGACUAUGACCAGCCUGUCCCCAAGAACUCGUUCCUGGAUGAAUGUUAAACACCUCGCAAUUUUCAGAGAACUUCGCUAUACCUUACACGCCAUCUCUUACUGUAUCAUGACCCACCCUUUCCAGUGUGCGACAGUUUCUCCCUGUAUAUACAUAUAUCAUUAUGUUUCGCUCCGACAGCGUCACGGCGAUCAAAUGGCUCCAAUGCUGUACCCCAUCCCUAACCACCGAGGGCUUGCAAACCGACGACGUCGCUUACUACAUCGCAAACUCUACCCUCGCAUACAGUUCUGGCGGUAUUACCAUAUAUUCGGUAAUGUAGUAUGCUUCCCCAUGCAGGCAUUUGAAACCUUUCCAUUAUUCUUUCGAAUUCGUAUAGACUUCCUUGGCAUAAAUUAUGGUUUUGAUUGUUUACCAAUAACUUCAUAUUUCUCAUGGACAUGUCUUUACCUCAUUUUCCCCAAGUUCUGAUUAGACUCGCCCCGCCCGCAUUGAUCUCCUUUCCUCUCAUGAUUGUUCCAUUUAUCGACGUGCUUUGCCAAUUCCAGAAUCGUCGUUACUGUAAUUAUACCGUAUCCAUCUGACUUCAGAGCUAAUGGAAAUCAAAUUAAGUUU